UGGAAACAGGUGAGGCUACAUCAGGGCGAAUGUGUAGGCUAUGGACAGAGCUUGGGUCUCGUUCUGAUUGCAAUGGGAAGCAGCUGGAGGGUCUAAAACAUAUUUUCUGUGUUCCCCAAUCAGGACUCAGUUUGACAAUAGGACAAAAUACAUUAAGUGUCCCAAACAAGGAUCAAUGAAAGGCUACCCAGAGAUAUUGAGCAGAUGGAAUCAUCUGCUUAUAGCUACCAAUGAUGUCUUAAGACUCAUUAUCAGAUCCAAGGCAUCCCAUGAAUUAUUCACCCAUGUGUUCUGCUCCAUCCAGGUUCGGAAUCUUUGGGAAGCUCCCCUCACCUGUGCAUCCCUCUGGAGAGGAAGAGGAGGGGGAGAACGGCUCUCUCUGGGAUCCAGCAGUCACAUCCCCAUCAGGAGCCCGAAUGCCUGGCUCAGGUGUUGUCAACAUGGAGUUCUGAAGUCCAUGUGGCUCUUCACAGUGAAUCAGGUGUUCAGGAAAAUGCAGAGACGCCACAGCAGCAACACGGACAACAUUCCACCUGAAAGAAACCGCAGCCAGGCGCUGGGCUCCGAGACGGGUGUGGAUGAAGGCGGCGUCUUCGAGAGUCUGAAGGCAGAAGCCGCGUCCCCGCCCGCGCUCUUCUCCGGCCUAACCGGCAGCCUUCCCGCCAGCGCCUUCCCGUCCAGCCUGGUGCUGGGGUCCUCGGCCGGCGGCGGGGACCUGUUCAUCCCGAUGCCCGCGUCCAGGGAGGAAGGCGGCGGCCGGGGCGAGGGGGCCGCCUACCACCACCGCCCGCCCCACCACCACUUCCACCACGGCGCCCACCGCGGGGGCUCCCUGCUGCAGCACGUGGGCGGCGACCACCGCGGCCACGCCGAGGAGGGGGGCGACGAGCAGCCGGGGACGCCGGCCCCGGCCCUGUCCGAGCUGAAGGCCGUCAUCUGCUGGCUCCAGAAGGGACUCCCCUUCAUCCUGAUCCUGCUGGCCAAAGUGUGCUUCCAGCAUAAGCUCGGCAUUGCCGUGUGCAUCGGGAUGGCCAGCACCUUCGCCUACGCCAACUCCACGCUCCGAGAACAGGUCUCUCUGAAGGAGAAGAGGUCAGUGCUGGUCAUCUUGUGGAUCUUGGCCUUUCUGGCAGGAAACACCCUGUAUGUGCUUUAUACAUUCAGCUCCCAGCAGCUAUACAACAGCCUCAUAUUCCUGAAGCCCAACCUGGAGACACUGGACUUCUUUGACCUGCUGUGGAUCGUGGGCAUUGCGGACUUCGUGCUGAAGUACAUCACCAUCGCCCUCAAGUGCCUCAUCGUGGCCCUGCCCAAGAUCAUCCUGGCCGUCAAGUCCAAGGGAAAGUUCUAUCUGGUCAUCGAGGAGCUGAGCCAGCUGUUCCGCUCACUCGUCCCCAUCCAGCUGUGGUACAAGUACAUCAUGGGGGACGACUCCUCCAACGGCUACUUCCUGGGAGGGGUCCUGAUCGUUCUCUACAGCCUCUGCAAGUCAUUUGACAUCUGUGGCCGCGUGGGCGGAGUCAGGAAAGCCCUGAAGCUUCUCUGCACCUCUCAGAACUACGGCGUCCGAGCCACGGGGCAGCAGUGCACCGAAGCCGGCGACAUCUGUGCCAUCUGCCAGGCUGAGUUCCGAGAGCCCCUCAUUCUCCUGUGCCAGCACGUGUUCUGUGAGGAGUGCCUCUGCCUGUGGCUGGACCGUGAGCGCACCUGCCCGCUCUGCCGCUCGGUUGCCGUGGACACCCUGCGCUGCUGGAAGGACGGCGCCACGUCGGCACACUUCCAGGUGUAUUAGGGUCGAACGCUGAGGACACCAGGCGGAUGCCGGCGGGUCAGGGGGCUUCCUGGAAUUCACAUCCUGCCUCCUGCCUUCCACCACCGCUGACCCCAAAGCCUGGCCCCAGCCUGUCCUCGCCACCUGUCCUUCCUCUCCUGUCUGCAGCGUAGUGCGUGCAUCCUUCCCCUCACCUGGGGAAGCCCUCCUAACUUAGACGUGUCCCCGCCCAGGUAGGUCUUCCAUCCCCCGUCCACGUUGAGAACCUGGUAAUAUGUGAAGGUCCCACCUGUUGGUUAUUUGUACCUAGUACCUAGCACCUAGUACUUAAUGCUGCAGCCUGGGGAGGAGGCUUGAGACCACUGCCUCCCUGCACUGGCCCGGGCGCAUUAGCAUCACUGUGAAGUACGUUCAAAACGCAGAUGCUGGCCCCACCGUAUGCCUGUAAUAACUUAGUGUCCCACACACUUAGUGUGCACCAGGCGCAGCAUCGAGCGUCCUGUUUGGGUCACCUCCCGUCCUCCCCACCACAGCCCUGUGAUGGAGGUACUGUUGGCUUCCCCGUUGCACGGGUGUGGUCAGUUUCCCAGGGUCACCCAGCUGGCAGUGGUGGACCGAGUUUCCAACACAGGCCUGGUCUCGCUUCAGAGCUCGAGCUGUUUUUUUAUUUUUAUUUUUUUUAAGAGACGAGGGCUCGCCAUGCUGCCCAGGCUGGAU